AUGGACUCCAUGGCAGGACACUGGGCUUGGGCUCUCCUGGUGGGCACCUUUCUCUGGACCAGCAGCUUGGCACUACCCACCCAGUGCCACUUCAACUCCCAAGCACUGUGUGAGUACAGGGGGAAGCACUACUCCCUGGGGGAGAUGUGGAUGGAGAGCGGGUGUCUCCAGUGUACCUGUCUGUAUCCCAUGGGCGUCGGCUGCUGUGAGAUGGUGCAGCGCCCAGUGGACUUCCCGGCAUGGUGCGAGGUUCGAGUGGAGGCGGAGACCUGCAAGAUGACCGUGGUGCAGAGCGCUGACCCGCGGCUGCCUUGCACCCCUGGGCAGGACAGCAGCCUCGACCCAAAACAUGGGAUUCUCGAUAUGAAGCUGGAAGGGUAG